AUGUCGACACCAACUACCUCACCACGAGCCAUUAGUCUGCACGAACGCUACGCGGUCGCUCGUCGCUGUCUCAACUCGCCCUCGAUCGUCAGCGUUGCCGCUAUCUUGCAGCUCACGCCCAAACCCCACCUCCAGCGACAAGAAGAACUUGGCAACUUCGAGCAAGCCUUCUCCGCGGUACGCGCCCACCUCACCCAUCGAAUCGACGCGCUUCUGACGCAAUACCCGCUCCUCUCGUACUGCGUCGAAGCGCCCCGUUCUUGCGCACCGCGAUGGACUCCGAUCCAACCGCCGCCCACUUCGAACGACAUUCUGCACAUCGGGUCCACCCUUUCCACGGCCGACGCAAAUACGCUGUUCUCACGCGCGAUUUCUGCCGAGCAGAUCGCGCUUCCUAGCUCAACGCAGCUGGACAAAGGUCCGCUGUGGAAGGUGCAGUUGAGCCGGAUUGGGGAUGGGACGUCGUGUCUCGUGGUGCUCGCCACGGACCAUGUGAUCAACGAUGGGCGCGGGACGCUGAAUCUCUUCCAGAUGCUGUUGCGCGACGACAAAUUGGUCAGCGGUGAGACCGUUAAGGUGGGUAGGGAGCUCAUUCCGCCGGCUUCGGAUCGCAUCUUCAACUUUAAGCCGUCGACGACGUACAUGCUGGGCGUGGUGUGGCAGGAACUCAUUCUGCCGAAGCUGCCGUUGGGUAAGAAGCUCAAGGCUAAGCUGCGCGGUCCCGUGUCUUGGCCUGCUUCCUCUGUGCUCAAAGCGAGCACAUCAAUGCCAUCAAACAAAAUUGUACGCCAACCAAGGAGCUGCAAGCCGGCUUUGGAUAUCAUCUUCGUCUCAUCCCCACACCUCAUCUCGAAGCUGAAAAAGCUCGCCAAGCUGCACAUCGACCCAUCAUCCCCUACAAAGAAAGCAGCAACCCUACACGCGAUCAUCCACACCCUCGCGAUUGCCGCGCUCUACGCCGCCAUCGCGCAGUCGCACCACAUCGCCACCUCCGCCGCAGAACUCUCGCGCUUCAACCUCGUCCUGAACGCGUGUACGCCUAUUUCGCUGCGGGAGGAGACUCCGCCGACCCCCAAGCAACGUCACGCAACCACCCUGUCGGCGGACGUCGAGCCGCCUGCACCUGCACCACUGCUGCCGACUACCACGGGAAACUACGUCUCGUCCUACACGGACGACAUCCGCGUUCGAGGCGGCGAGACGUUCUGGCGGCUCACAAACCGCUUUGCUUCCGACCUGGCCAGUCCGCGCGGGCGCAAGCUGGCCAAGCAGCACAUGGGUAUGCUUGCGUACAUCCCGGACUUUGACGCCUCGUCGCAUAAGCGGAAACGUUCGGACGAGGAGGUGGUGAAAAGCUCACUUGAAGGCCAUGACGUGAGGUACGCCAACGGGUGGGAGAAGUUCUUCGGCGACAAAGCCGCCGGCUCUACGCCUUUCGACAGCGCACUCUCCCUGUCCAACCUCGGUCUUGUCGAUCUUUCAUCCGUAACGAUUGCUUCGGACACAUCGGCGCAGUGGAAGGUGGGCUCGCUCACGUGGGCACAGAGCCAUACACCGCAGGGCGAAGCUUUCGUGGUCGAUCUCGUGGGUUUUGCCCAGGGCGAGACGCAGACGCUUAGCAUAGCCAUUUCUUCCCGCCCCCCCGCCUUCGCCGAUGAGCAGCUCCACGAUCGAUUCAAGGCUUUCUUGCAACGAUUAGUCAUCGCCUUUGCCGCAGAGCCACCCGCCAAGCUCUCCCAAGACACCGAGGGCGGGUCGCACCUCUUGGAUCUCAAUACGGACCCCACCUUCGCGUCGCUUGCCCAUUUCCUCAUUUCGUCUCCAUAG